AUGGACGUUGACGAGUUUCGUGUCCGUGGAAAGGAGAUGGUUGAGUAUAUAUGUGACUUUAUGAGCAAUAUACAUAAUCGUAGAGUGACACCGGACGUCGGGCCGGGUUACUUAAGGCCAAUGUUACCCGCGGAAGCACCCCAAGAGGGCGAAUCAUGGGAAAACAUAAUGAGUGACGUUGAAUCCAAGAUAAUGCCUGGAAUAACGCACUGGCAACAUCCUCGUUUCCACGCAUACUUUCCGGCAGGCAAUUCAUUUCCUUCGAUUUUGGGGGAUAUGUUGUCGGAUGCUAUUGGAUGCAUCGGAUUCUCAUGGGCGGCGAGCCCAGCGUGCACAGAGUUGGAGACAAUAGUCUGCGAUUGGUUCGGCAAGGCAAUAGGUCUUCCAAAUGACUUUCUGUACUUCAGCAAUGGUAGCAAAGGUGGAGGCGUUAUACAGGGCUCAGCCUCGGAGAGUGUUCUUGUCUGUAUGUUGGCAGCGAGAGCACAGGCCAUUGCCAGAUUAAAGGAAUCACCGGCAAAUGCACAUCUGGAUGAAACAGCCCUGCUGGGCAAGCUUAUGGCCUAUUGCAGCCGAGAGUCGCACAGUUGUGUUGAAAAAGAUGCCAUGAUUUGUUUCGUUAAACUGAGGAUCCUCGAGCCUGAUGAAAAGAGUGUUCUCAGGGGCGAAACACUCAGACAGGCCAUUGAGGCGGAUGUUGCUGAGGGAAGGGUGCCCUUCUUUGUUUCCACAACUUUCGGUACAACUGCCUGCUGCUCAUUCGAUAAUCUCAACGAGAUUGGCCUUGUUUGCAAGAAAUAUCCUGGGAUUUGGCUCCACAUUGACGCGGCUUACGCCGGAAACUCAUUCAUUUGUCCAGAGUUGAAGUACCUCAUGUCAGGCAUUGAAUAUGCAGAUUCGUUUAAUACGAAUACGAACAAGUUUCUCCUAACCAACUUCGACUGCUCUUGUUUGUGGGUCAGGGAUCGAUUCAAGUUGACAAGUGCACUCGUAGUUGAUCCUUUGUAUCUACAGCAUACUCAUGCGGAUACUGCCAUUGAUUAUAGACACUGGAGUAUUCCACUGAGUCGAAGAUUUAGAUCCUUAAAACUUUGGUUCGUAAUGAGGAGCUACGGAAUUUCCGGUCUACAGGCGUACAUAAGAAACCACUGUAAACUAGCCAAACACUUUGAAUCUUUAGUCAAGAAGGACUCGAGAUUUGAAAUUUGCAAUCAAGUUGUGUUGGGAUUGGUUUGCUUUCGAGCUAAAGGCACUGAUAAACUCAAUCAGAAACUACUGAGUGCAAUAAACGAUUCUGGCAGAAUUCACAUGGUCCCUGCUAAUGUUAAUCAUCGGUACACUAUCAGAUUUGCUCUUGCAGCGCCGAAUGCUAACGUCGAAGAUGUCGAAAUUGCAUGGACUGUCAUCACGGAUAUUCUCUCCGAAAUGUUGGAGUCUAAAGAUGUUAUGGACGAACUGGCUGAUAUCCGGGAAAAGAAGCGAAAGGCAACACUCGAACAAAGGAGAUCAUUCUUUGUUCGCAUGGUUUCCGAUCCCGCCAUCCAGCCCGGAUUCACUAAAACUCCCAAUCAACCCGCCAAAUUGGAAACCCAAGCGACAAUUGGAGGAAUCGGCUCAAAUCCCCCGCCAACGCGUUCCUGGAUCUCUUGGCCAUUGGCUUAUCUCAUGUCCAAAGAGUCUACAGACACCAGUGAAUUAUCCCUCAGCUUACUGGAUUUUUUAAGGUUUCGUCAUUUGGAUACGAUGGUGCGCUUGAAAACCGGCACAGGAAGCCGUCGUGGGAGUAGCAACGGAUGCAGUCCCGAGCCAUCACCAUCAGUAUCACCCUCGCGCGCAAGAUCACCCAAUGGAAGAACAUAGAAAAAAAUGUAUUUUGCUUGACUAACAAAUGAAAGUAAUU